AUGGGAGGACUCGAUGUUCCCAGCACUGGACGGCGGCACGCCAAGUCCCAUUCGUCGUUCGCUUUCGACAACACCUCUACAUCCGUUGCCGCGAGUCAGAUGCGCAAUGCGUUGAACAAGCUCGCCGACACCGUCGAGGACCCGGCGGCCAAGAAGAAGUUCGAGACCGAGAUGGACAACUUUUUCGCCCUGUUCCGACGAUAUCUCCAGGACAAGGCGAAGGGUACCACCCUUGACUGGGAGCGUAUUCAGCCUCCUCAGCCAUCGCAGGUCGUCGCUUACGACACCCUCCCCAAAAGGGAGAACACCGAGCUCCUCUCCAAGCUUGCAGUGCUCAAGCUCAACGGUGGUCUCGGAACCUCGAUGGGUUGUGUCGGUCCCAAGUCGGUGAUCGAGGUGCGCGAGGGCAUGUCCUUCCUGGAUCUGUCCGUGCGUCAGAUUGAGUACCUGAACCGCAUCUACGGCGUCAACGUGCCAUUCGUCCUGAUGAACUCGUUCAACACCAAUGAUGACACCCAGAACAUCAUCAAGAAGUACGAGGGCCACAACGUUGAUAUCAUCACCUUCAACCAGUCCCGCUACCCCCGCGUCGCCAAGGACUCCCUCCUGCCCGUCCCCAAGGACAGCGGGUCUCCUAUCGGCGACUGGUACCCUCCCGGUCACGGUGACGUGUUCGAGUCCCUCGAGAAUUCGGGUAUCCUGGACGAGCUGCUUGGUCGCGGUAUCGAGUACCUCUUCCUGUCCAACGUUGACAACUUGGGUGCCGUUGUCGAUCUGAGCAUCCUGGAUCACAUGAUCGAGAGCAAGGCCGAGUACAUCAUGGAGUUGACCGACAAGACCAAGGCCGAUGUCAAGGGUGGUACCAUCAUCGACUACGAGGGCACCGUCCGCCUGCUUGAAAUCGCGCAGGUACCUAAGGAGCACGUCCAGGACUUCAAGUCGAUCAAGAAGUUCCGUUACUUCAACACCAACAACAUCUGGCUCAACCUGUCCGCCAUCAAGCGUGUCGUCGAGAACCACGAGUUGGAGCUCGAGAUUAUUCCCAACUCCAAGUCGAUCCCCGCCGACAAGUCCGGCGAGUCGGAUCUCUCGGUCAUCCAGCUCGAGACGGCCGUCGGUGCCGCCAUCCGCCACUUCAAGAACGCACACGGUGUCAACGUUCCCCGCAGACGGUUCUUGCCCGUCAAGACCUGCUCGGACCUGAUGCUCGUCAAGUCUGACCUCUACUCGAUGAAGCACGGUCAGCUGAUGAUGGACUCGGGCCGCUUCGGUCCGGCGCCGUUGAUCAAGCUGGGAUCGCACUUUAAGAAGGUGUCGGACUUCCAGAAGCGGGUGUCGAGCAUCCCCAGGAUCAUCGAACUCGAUCACUUGACGGUGACCGGAGCAGUGAACAUCGGCCGCGGUGUCACACUCAAGGGUACCGUUAUCAUCGUCGCCAACGAGGGCAGCACAAUCGAUAUCCCUCCUGGAUCCAUCCUCGAAAACGUGGUGGUCCAGGGAUCUUUGAGAUUGUUGGAGCAUUAG